CGUUCGAAUCAAAUCGGCACGCAAUCCGCAAACAACUCUUGAACCAUGGUUAAACCAAUUAUAGCUCCUUCGAUCUUAUCGGCCAAUUUCGCCAACUUGGGCUGUGACUGCCACAAGAUGUACGAUGCAGGUGCCGACUGGUUGCACAUCGAUGUAAUGGAUGGGAACUUUGUUCCUAACAUCUCAUUGGGAUUGCCAGUGAUAUCGAGUUUGAGACAAGAGAUCCCCCGGUCUAACGAAAAAAGUUUCUUUGACUGUCACAUGAUGGUGGCCGACCCAGAGAAGUGGGUUCCAGAAAUUGCUAAAGCUGGGGGUGACCAGUACACUUUCCACUAUGAAGCUACGAAGAAUCCGCUUGAGUUGGUCAAAUUGAUCAAAGAAAAUGGCAUGAAGGCUGCAUGUGCCAUUAAACCGGGCACUCCUGUUGAUGUAUUGUAUCCAUUGGCAGAGCACUUGGACAUGGCCUUGGUAAUGACGGUGGAGCCAGGAUUCGGAGGUCAGAAGUUCAUGGCUGACAUGAUGCCUAAGGUUGAGGAUUUGAGAGCCAAAUUCCCCCGAUUGAACAUUCAAGUCGAUGGAGGUUUGGGAAAGGACACAGUGCCAGUGGCCGCCAAGGCAGGUGCCAAUGUGAUUGUUGCCGGCACGGCAGUGUUUAAAGCUGCUGAUCCUAAGGAGAUGAUUCAACUCUUAAGGGACGAAGUCACCAAGUCAUUGAAGGAAAAAGACCUACUUGACACUCGGUGUUUAAAGCGGCCAAUCCCAAGGGGAUGAUUCAACAUUUGAGGGACGAGGUCUCCAAGUCAUUGAAGGAAAAAACCCUAUUUGACAACCCCAGCUCAUGACUGUUUGAAAGAGGAUGCCUACAGUAGGGUAUGAACUCAUCACUAUUUUUAUCACGACUAUAUAUUCUAGUGUACAACGAGGAAUAAAUGAAUGUCUUAUUAAAAUGACUGAACUCCAACAGUGGUACCGUUAGCUUGUGGUGAAACCUUAAACAUCAGUAAAUCAUUACCAUUAACUACACCCCAUAAAGCCUUUCUUAUCUUCUCGGUGGAGUUUUCUCCUUUGACUUUGGUUUUCAAUUUUAUCAAGGAGUUUAUUGGCUUUGGUUCAUCAGUUUGCAUUUGGUCGUCAAGGUCUUUUUGUAAUCUCUUUUCAACAUACUUUUGGUUUCUGGCCAACUUCUUGGCUUUUUUAUUGGAUAAGGUAUUGGUGGUUAAGUGAGUAGGGUUGGAAACGUUUCCAGUGUAUACGGCUAUGGAUCUGGAAUCGGAGGGUCUUGGAAGUGCAUCUUCAUUAUAACGAGAAGUGGCUGAUCUAGUAGACUCUCUGGUUCUACUAGCUCUCUUCUUACCGAUUGAAGAGGCAUGACUGUUACGGAGCAUCUUGUCCUUAGGUUUAUUUAUCGAGUUUCUUGAAGGCAUUUUGUAAAUGGGUUUAUCUC